UACGAAUACCCCGUCAGUUGUUGCACUCGUUUAACGUAGCGCGAACUUACCGAAAUCCUGCGACGCCGAGUCAAUAGAGUUUAGAUCCCGCGAGUCGGACGGAACUGUGUUUGAUUAUUGAUAAAUGUUUCUUGUGAUUACUAUGUAACUGAGUGUCGGAUAUGCAUACACUCACCGUGUAAUUAACGUGUUUGACUAGCUCUAUUAGUUUCUAUGAGGAAAUACCAAGGAGCUGCCAAACUGGAUUUAAUGUGUGGCCCAAAGGAUGGUUAACGUAUCAGGCGGAGUUGUCUGGUGUUUUAAGGACAACAGAUGGAUUCCUUUGCAACUGUCUUCGAUAAGACUGCAUGGAGUGUUGACCCAGUCCCACUGGGCGGCCAUUACCGAAUUUCUGGAACGGGUCGCCAACAAGCAACUGAUUCUUCAAGACAAUGGCUUCACCGAACUUACCGAGAAACACAAAGAACUCAUGUUCAAAAAUGAGCUGAUCGGUAGCAAGCUGGAGUUUUGUAGUGAUAAUAAUAAUGUGAUAAAAUUGCCUGAUAGCUUAGUGUCCGAGAGGAAGUCGAGUUUAGGUCAAAUUCCUGAAGACAAGAUCGUCGAGCAACCGCGCAGGCCCUCGAUGCCAGAACUCCGGUCAAUCGAUAGAGAUAGUUUAUUUAUUAAUAAUUUAUUAAAAUCGCAAUCUGAUAACCCGAAAAAGACUGAUAGGAUAUCUAAGGAAAACGACGAGUUGGUGCUGAAGCUCCUGAAAAAGUACUGCAAGUACAGCAAGGAUGCUUUGGAUGAUGAUAUUUUAAGUGCCAUUGAGAAAAUCGCCGAUGAAAAUGUAGCCCCAGAUCCGCGUCCUCCUAGAGUAAGGAAAAUGGGUUACGUGCCCAAAGAGGAUAAAAUCUACGAAAACGUCAAUGAAAUAAUUUUGGAUUCUUUGGAAUUGGAGGACGAUCGAAACGGGCAUAUUAUUCGUUGGCUCAAGCAGCAGAACAGCCAUGGAGGAACCUUUGCCGAUAUAAUCCUACCAUCCAGACGACACUCUUCUGUAGAUUUCCCGGUUUCUUCGCCCACCGAUAGCAGGAAGAGUAGCCUCGGUGAGCGGAAAUCAUCGUCAUCGGGCUUCGAGAGUCAAAAGUCCAGCUUAACAACUCCAUCGACUCCAGAGAGUCGCAAGUCCUCUUGGUGUGAGAGCACAGUGACCAGCAGGAAGAGCAGUGUCGGUUCGAACAGUUCGUGUUCGGAAUGUGAGGAGUCGGACAGCCAGACUCAGUGGCAAAAGUUCCUUAAAAGACAUUUGAAUUCGAAAAAUUCAGAGAAGAGACUCAGAAAGCAAUGGGAGGCAUGGGCGCGGAAUCGACGACGACUCAGUUUGCAAGUUGACCCUACCUGGACCGAUCAUUUAGACUCGCAACCAUGGUAUUUUCGAAAAAUAAAGCGAAUCGAAGCCGAAAAAAAGCUUCUACUGCCCGAAAAUGAGCAUGGUGCUUUUUUGAUACGAGACUCCGAAAGUCGGCACAAUGAUUAUUCCUUAUCCGUACGAGACGGUGAUACAGUGAAACACUACCGCAUUAGACAACUUGAUGAAGGCGGAUUUUUCAUUGCCCGUAGAACGACCUUCCGAACGCUUCAAGAACUGGUCCAGCAUUACAGUAACGAUGCCGAUGGACUUUGCGUCAAUCUCUGCAAACCUUGUGUUCAGGUGGAAAAGCCGCAACCGUUAGGACUUUCACAUAGAACCCGCGACCAAUGGGAGAUCGAAAGAACGUCGUUGAAGUUCCAACGCAAAUUGGGGCAUGGACAGUUUGGAGAAGUAUGGGAAGGUAUGUGGAACAACACCACACCCGUUGCUAUCAAAACGCUCAAGCCUGGAAGCAUGGAUCCAAAGGACUUCCUUGCUGAGGCACAAAUAAUGAAGAAGCUGCGACACCCAAAGCUGAUUCAAUUGUAUGCGGUUUGUACUGUGGAAGAGCCGAUCUUCAUCAUCACUGAACUAAUGAAGAAUGGUUCGCUGUUGGAGUACCUUCAAGGGAAAGGAAAAGUUCUUAAAUUGCAACAGUUGAUUGAUAUGGCGGCGCAAAUAGCAGCCGGAAUGGCGUAUCUGGAAAACCAAAACUACAUCCACAGGGAUUUAGCUGCAAGAAACGUGCUGGUUGCUGAGAACAAUAUAGUAAAAAUUGCCGAUUUCGGAUUGGCUCGACUAAUAAAAGAAGACGAGUAUGAAGCGAGAGUAGGAGCAAGAUUCCCUAUCAAAUGGACUGCUCCUGAAGCAGCCAACUACAGCAAAUUCUCAAUCAAAUCGGACGUUUGGUCUUUCGGCAUUCUCCUAACCGAGUUAGUAACUUACGGAAGAAUUCCGUAUCCAGGUAUGACCAAUGCCGAGGUUUUGCAUCAGGUCGAGCAUGGCUAUCGAAUGCCUGCCCCACCUAGUUGCCCACCCCGACUUUAUGAGAUCAUGUUGGAAUGCUGGCACCGCGAUCCGCUCCGAAGACCCACUUUCGAAACGCUCCAAUGGAAACUGGAAGAUUUCUUUACAAUGGAGGGUUCCGAGUAUAAAGAAGCGUCGGCUUACUGAGGAAUGGCCCACCCCCCAACCGAUUGGUUGUGUAACACGUUGGAGUUGCACUACCAUUAAAGGGAAGGGUGGUGGUCGAGACUUGCGAGUUUGAUCUAGUGCAUAUUGGAAUCAGGCGAAUUUUUUAAAUGCGAUUAGUAGCAAAAGGAAAUGAUCCAUUUAAAAAUUACGAGCAGUAGAUUUCGGGAGACCAGUGGAAACUGAUAGAAUCGGUGUUUUGUGCAAGGCAGAUUUUCAAAUGUGCGUUUUAUUAACUACUCUUGGCAUGGUUUUCCAAAUUGAAAUUCUACUAAAAAUUAUUGAGAUUGAUUUAAUUAAAUCCAAU